CUACGCAAACACCCGCCAUUCAGAGACCUCUACAUUCGCCUACAACGCCCAUUGCCCCUCUUCCCCAGGCACGAACCUGGUCUUAUCCUCCUGUCUUUGUCCACCCGCGUCUUCGAAACACCACCACCAGCUGUUGCAUACAAGGUCACACUAUCCAUACGCACCAACUCUUUCACACCACCGCAGCCAUGGAUUUUGCAGCAGAAGACAGCCAAAACGCCGCUCCUGGCAGUAUCCAGCAGACCAAGCUUAGCACAGCCCGCAAAGGCCCCGAUGCGGGCAGCGUCACCAAGAGGUUGCAGACGGAGCUGAUGCAGCUUAUGACCUCGCCCGCGCCUGGCGUGUCCGCUUUCCCGUCAGCCGACGGCAACCUCAUGAGCUGGACGGCUACCAUUGAGGGACCCGAUGGCACCCCCUACGCUGGCCUCACCCUCAAGCUGAGCCUCGCCUUUCCCAACAACUAUCCCUACGCUGCGCCUACCGUCCUCUUCAAGACCCCCAUCUACCACCCCAACUUUGACUUCUCCGGUCGAAUCUGCCUCGACAUCCUCAAAGACAAGUGGACCGCUGCAUACAACAUCCAGACCGUCCUCCUCAGCUUGCAAAGCUUGCUGGGUGAGCCCAAUAACUCUUCCCCUCUCAACGGCGAGGCAGCCGAACUGUGGGACAAGGACAUGGAGGAGUUCAAGCGCAAGGUCCUGGCCCGUCACCGUGACGUCGAGGAUGAGUAGGUGUUGUUUGUUUUUGAAACGAGAGGGAAGGCAUUAUACCCGAGCACAGCAAGGUGGGAGUCUUCUUUGUAUCGCAUGAAUGAAAUAAUGGCUUGUUUGGAACUGCGUUGCGGUUUCAAAGCAUUGGA